AUACCAAUUAAAGACUUCUCUUUUGGCGACUCCAGCUGGCUUUCAGGAACUGCCAUUGGAUCGCCCUCAUCCUUACGUGGUCCAGUGUCCUAUCAGCCAAAAGCACCACGAGACUUCAACUCCUCUCACUCCGGGGCUAUUCGUCAGCCCAUCCCUUCGGUUGACGUUACAUCCCCAUUACUUCUUCUUGAUCCUCUGAUCGGCACGCAUCUUCAUCUCACGGUAGCAGACGCGCAACAAGCCAGGCCAGUCAGUCCUUUUCAUGGCAAGUUGCUAAUAACGAUGAUAAUUAAGACAGGCUUUGCCACAUACAUACACGUGCACACUGCCUGA